CUAGUAUUACAUCUUCUCUAUAAACUCUAAUGGCUCUACUAGCCUUGUUUAUUCUCUUCUUACUGUCCAUUCUCUCACUAGUACUCUUCCUUAAACCAUCUUCUAAGAAGCUUCCUCCAGGACCCUUUUCAUGGCCAAUUAUAGGAACCCAGUUGCCCAGCCCGACGAUGAAGCCCAAUUUGGAGCUAUUCAAAUUAGCACAGAGAUAUGGUCCACUGAUGCUUUUCAGAUUUGGGUUUGAGAACGUUGUUGUGGCUUCAAACCAUGUUGCAGCCAUGGAGGUGCUCAAGAACCAGGACCGCGUGCUUUCAGGCCGGUUUAAAGCAAACAGCGUCCGAGUUAAGGGCUAUAUCGAAUACUCCAUGGUGUGGGCUGAUUGCACUGAUUACUGGAAGAUGGUCAGGAAGAUAUUGAGGACUGAAUUGUUCUCUACUAAGAUGUUGGACGUUCACGCACACGUCAGAGAGGAGAAAGUAUCGGAACUGAUGAAAUUUCUCAGACGGAAGGAAGGAGAGGAGGUGAAUUUUGUUGAUGUGAUAUUCGGUUGUAUUUUGAACAUGUUGGGUGCACUUAUAUACUCUAAAGACGUGUAUGAUUUUGAAGACAAGACGGAUAUUAACUUGGGUAUGAAGGGCAUGAUUCGGCAGCUGAUGAUAUUGGCAGCCACCCCAAAUAUAGCCGACCUCUACCCAAUAUUUUUUGACGGAUCAGACUUUCAGGGACUGAGGAAGGAAUCGGCAGCUUGUGUCAAGCGGAUGAGUGAGUCUUGGGCGGCCAUUAUUAAUGAAAGAAGGAAGAAUAAUGACCACACCAAGAACGAUUUAUUGCAAGUUUUGCUAGAUUCUGGGUUCAGUGAUCCCCAGAUUGACGCCAUUUUUCUGGAAACGUUUGGACCUGGUUCAGACACUAGUGCCUCCACGAUUGAAUGGGCAUUGGCAGAACUGCUGCGGAACCCAGAGAAGCUGGUGAAGCUCCACGAGGAACUCGACAGGGUAAUCGGAAGAAACAACACUGUGAAGGACUCUGAUCUGCCUAACCUACCUUAUCUCCAUGCCUGUGUCAAGGAGACCCUCAGGUUACACCCUCCGGUCCCAUUCCUUAUUCCUCACAUAGCAUUGGAAAGUUGUGAAGUGAUGAAUUACACGAUUCCAAAGGGAUCCGAAGUGUUGGUUAACUUAUAUGCAAUUGGAAGAGACCCCACCACAUGGGAUAACCCCAAUUCUUUCUUGCCAGAACGCUUUCUGAAUUCAGAAGUUGAUUACCAAGGCAACCAUUUCCAGUACAUACCCUUUGGUGCUGGCAGAAGAAUGUGUCCUGGCAUGUCAUUGGGAACCCGAGUUGUUCGACUGAUACUUGCUGCUCUUGUCCACACUUUUGAUUGGAGCCUUCCUGGCGGGAUGCACCAAGAUGAGUUAGACAUGGCCGAUAGGUUUGGGGUGGGUUUCCAGAAAGAAACCCCUCUCGUCGUCAUUCCCACCUUGAGAAAAUAAUUAUUAAGAGGUCUAGUUACUGUAUGUGAUGUGAUGGUUUUGUGUGUUGUCGUAAUUUAAUGCCCCUUCAUUCAAGUGUUGUUGUAUUAGAAUUAGAAUGUGAUGUGGUGGUUGUUGUAGUAGAACGUGAUGAAGCUUCGAUAAUAUGUUCAGGGCCUUUCUGUUGAAGUUGUUGUAGUAAUGCCCCUUCAUUGAUCACUUCAAAAAGUAGAGUAACAAAACGUACAAGUGGUUGGUGAGCUACUUUUCACACAAUA